CAGCUUUUUAAAGGUUAUACUCUGAAGAAUGGAAGGUUUCCACAUUAACAGCACCUCACAGAACCAAAGCUGUAAUCACUGCAACAACACCACCAAGCACGACAAAGUUGUAUAUGUGCUGACAUGCAUAAUAAUUGCUAUCGGCCUUCCUUUGACCCUCAUGGCCAUCUAUUCUCUUUACUGUAUGGUACGAAAUCAUCAUAUUGCUCCGAUCUACAUCAUCAACAUUCUCAUUUCUGACCUCAUUCAGCACUGUUGCAUGAUCGUUGAAGUGGCAAAAUAUGAUGAUGUGGAAAAAAUUAACAUCUCCUAUCAUAUUUACUUCUUUGCUCUUUGCGCCAGUGUUUACUUCAUGGUCUGCAUCUCCCUGGAAAGGUAUUUGGUCAUCGCCCACAUAGUGUGGUACCGCUUCAGACGAACCAUCAAGACCUCUGUGGCGGUCUGUGUCGUGGUCUGGGUCUUUUCUCUUGUUUAUAUCAUCCCUCACUUCUUUCAUCAUUUGAUGAUCAUAAACAUACUCUUGGCCGUCUUCCUCCUCCCUCCCUUCCCACUGUUUAUAUUCUUCCUGGUUGGGACCCUCAGAGCCCUGUCUGCUGCCAUCUCAGUCCCCUCUGAUGAAAAACGACGAAUUGUGGGAAUUUUGGUUCUGGUGCUGCUUAUUUACACGCUGCUGUACCUGCCCGGAAUCAUUUUGUUCUUGAAAGAAACAGAGUUUAAGAAUGCCCCAAGUAACCGGUAUUUCCUGUUUGCUAAGUUGAGUCCUCUUGCAGACUUAGUACUUUAUUUUUUCAUGAGGAAAGGGGUCAUAGACAAGCUUUUGGUCUCUGUGUGUUGUUGCAGAAUGGACAGCAAUGAUAUCAGCAGUCCAUCACUCUACAUCAGCACUAAGUCAUCUACUCCCCUUCCACCAGUGCCGCUUAUCAACUGCCUGAAGGACAUCAAGAACUGGAUGGACAGUAACCUCCUCAAACUCAAUAAAGACAAAACAGAACUCGUGGUGUUUGCCCCACAGUCACUUCUCAAAAAGGUUGGUGACAUCACAUUGGAUGUGGAUGGCUGCUCAAUCUCUGCAUCCCCUCAAGUACGCAACCUGGGCCUCAUCAUGGACUCCACCCUCUCCUUCCAACAGCACAUCAAAAACACUACUAAAACUGCCUUUUACCAUCUUAAGAACAUCUCCAGACUCCAACAGUGGCUCUCCAACUCUGUAGCUGAGACCCACAUCCACUCCUUUAUUACCUCCUGA